AUGGCUCUACAUCCGGCCGACGACGAUGAACAACUGUUCACUCGGGCCAUGACCUCCUAUCGCGAAGCUUUUUUGGUUCGACAUGCCCACCUCCCGGAACCCCAACGCCAUCAGCUCUGGACACAGCAACUUACUCGGUUUAUCCCGGCUAUCGAGAAUAACCCCGUUCCACCACAGGUCCUCCCUCGCACAGGAGGGCAUUCGGGGACCUCAGGGAAACGAACUCGACAGGAUGCGACUCCACGGACCCUCCCGACAGCCGAUGCUGCCUCCGCCUCCUCUGCUUCUACUGGUUUUGGUUCUGGUUCUGGUCCUCCUCAGGCGAAACGGCGAGCCACCACCCCGGAUCUCCCAAUGGCCGCCGACCUCCGACGUACCAUCUCCCAAACUUCCUCGGCGGAGACAUACCGGAAAGGUGCGUCCUUGUCCGGGCAAGGAUCCUAUCGACACUCCCCCGUGAAGGGCCCCGUGGGAGGUAGGGAAGCGAUGGGUUUGGGAAUGGUUCGUUCCCAAAGCCAACAAAUCCCCGUCUCUCACUGGCAUCCGCCAGCCGGACCGGUCAUGGGGAAACGACAAUCCUUCGGCCCGACCCGGACCCAGCAACAACCGCAGCAACCUCUGCAUCUGGAUCAUGUCGAUGAGAUGGUCAACGAAUACUCGCCAUCCGAGUUUGCGAAACACUUGGACGACUGCAACAUCAACCAGGCCCCAUUCUACGGCUCUGGUCCCGGUGUUGCAUCCGCCACUCCGAUCCCCAACACCACCUCUGCGUUGACUCUUGGGCUGGCAAAUCUUGGAUCAAACGGACUGGCACCUCUGCCAAAUCCACAUUCUGGACAGCCAUCUCCCAUGGCCGAUGUAUCUCCGGCGGCCGCGGUCGAGAUGACCCGGAGUGGGACCACCGACACCAUCAUCGGGGGAUUCAACAACUUUGGCUUCGAUCAAGCGGCAUCUCACGCGGAUCUGGAACCGGCGUACCCCAUCCCUCCGGAGUGGGUGCCCACAUCCACCUCCGGACUCCCCUACCAAGAGUCCUUCCCUUCUUCACUGUAUCCUGACUUAGAUCCCAACGCAUCCUUCCCUUUCUCCUACCCUUCCUCAUUCUCCACCUCUGCCCCGUCAGCAACGCCGUUCCGGCCGCAGCAUGUGCCAACCAGUAUGAACCCUACCACGCCGGUCACCCCCCUCUCCACGCCGGGGGCCGUCGACAUGAAGCCGUCCAUUUCAACCGAGAGCAACUCUUCCGCCACGGCAGCUCCAUCCCGUGCUGCUCGCCGUACCCAAGAGCAAAUCGCCCACGGCGCACGACCUAUCGCACCCAAGCGGGAAUCUCAGGAUAAAGCCCACCUGCAACCCGAUCCCAGCGACCCGAACCGCAUGAUUCGCAUCUCCUCCGCCGACGGCACCACCAAGGAAGUCGCCGCAAUCCCCAAAGCAUCUGUGCAGCGCCCACCCAAAGCAAAGACAUACUGCCGCCUGUGCAACGAUCAACCAGAUGGCUUCCACGGAGAGCACGAGCUACGUCGACACAUCGAUCGUGUGCACGCCCAGGUACGCAAAGUCUGGGUCUGCGUGGAUAUCUCGCCCGACAAGACGUUCCUCGCCAACUGCAAAGCCUGCCGAAACGGCAAGAAAUACGGUGCAAACUAUAAUGCCGCCGCGCACUUGCGACGCACGCACUUCCACCCCUGUCAGCGCGGACGCGGGGGUCGCGGCAAGGACAGUGAGAAACGAGGCGGCAAGGGCGGUGGCAACCAGCCGCCGAUGGAGGUGCUGAAGCUCUGGAUGCGGGAGACGAUCGAGAGAGCAGAUGAGCACUCGGUCGAUACCUUCGGCGCUGACGGUCUGGAGGAGUGUGCUGGGAGUUUACCGUCCGAUAGCAAGGGCAGUGUGCCCCCACCUGGACCUGGAGAUGCCAGUGGCCCGAUGAGUAUGGGUAUGGGUGUUGGCAUGAGCAUGAGUAUGAGCAUGGGCAGCUCGUAUGGGAUGGACCCGACACCCAUGCACGGUCAUGGCCAUGGCCAUGAGUACGAGGGCUUCCCGGGAAUGUCGGCCAGUUUCGACCUCGACGCCACGCUGGAGACACCGUUCUAUGUGGACAGUCAGCAGAUCCCGGCGGAGAUGGAGACAUAUGUCAUGUGA